GAGCACACAGCCUCAGCUGGCUCGACGUGGACAGGUGUGUGCGCACGCGGUCGGAAUGGGCUUCAGUGCGCUCCUGUGCGCGUGUGUUGUAGCGCUGUGCGGCGCCGCUCCGUUUACGCAGAGCAACGAGCCUGACAACGACAGACCGAUCAUCGGGAUUCUGGCGCAAGAGGUUGAUGAUUAUAUGAAAAAGUUUGGAGAGACAUACAUCCCUUCAUCAUAUGUGAAGUACAUCGAAUCCGGGGGAGCUAGAGUUGUGGCGAUUAGGCUAAACCAGAGUUUUGCAGAGCAUGAAAAAAUCUUCAGGUCAAUAAAUGGUCUUCUUCUCAUCGGAGGCUCUGUGAAUCUGGAGACAUCUGACUUCGCUCACACCGCUGGGAUUUACUUUAGACUUGCCCUUAAGGCGAAUAAUGAGGGUGAUUACUUCCCCAUCUGGGGAACAUGCCUGGGAUUUCAGCUGCUCACGGUGCUGGUGGCUGGACAAAACCUGUUGAGUAAGACAACUGCAGAGAAUGUCACUUAUCCACUCAACUUCACCUCAGAGGCUUCAUCCAGUCGUAUGUUUACCAACUUCCCAUCUGACGUCCGUAAAGCGUUGUCCCAGGAACCACUUACUGCAAAUUUCCACCAUUAUGGGGUGACUAAAGAGGCAUUCAUGGGUAAUGAGAAAUUAAAUGGCUUCUUUUCAGUGCUGUCCACGAACAUAGCGCAAAAUGGCCUUGAGUUUGUUUCUACCGUGGAAGGCAGGAAGUACCCUUUCUAUGGGGUACAGUGGCAUCCAGAAGUGAGCCGCUUUCAGUGGGACCCUCGUUACAACUUUCCUCAUUCUAGCAAUGCUGUGCGAGUGUCAUCCUUACUGGCUGAAUUCUUUGUAAAUGAGGGAAGGAGAAGCUCCCACCACUUCAGUGAAGCAGCAGAAGAGAGCAGCGCGCUCAUAUACAACUACAACCCUGUGUAUGUGGCAAAUAUCUCUGCAUAUGAACAGUCUUAUUUCUUCUGAGAGACACAAUAUAGGAGGACACUGAGAAAGACAAAGAAAGAAAACACUGGUCAAGAUAGUUCAGACUGAAAAUUUGUUUUUUUUUUCAGCAAAUGUACUGUAAUAGACCUCAUCACAGACCUCAUCUCAUAUUUAGAAUAUUGUUUUUAACUGAGACAAUUUAAAUAAUCAGUAUUUUAUUACAUGAUUUUAGAUUU